AUGUUAAAACAGCACAAGAACUCAAAAGAUUCAUUAGUAAAUGCUCAAGAGAAACAAAGUGAUCAAGCCAACAAAAAGCGACGUUAUCUAGAAUUAAAUGAAGGAGAUUUAGUAUUAUUGAAUUCGACAAAUAUAAUUCCACAAAAAACAAUAACAUAUCAAUUAAAACUCCCAGAAACACUACGUAUUCACCUAGUUUUCCACGUAUUCUUAUUAAAACCUUACUACCCUAGUGAGUUUAGAGAUGAAGUAAGAAAAGAACCCCCAGAAAUUGCAACCGAAGAUCAAGAAGAACACGAAGUCGAAGCCAUACUAGACAAAAGAACAUACUACCAUCGCCUACAGUACUUAGUAAAAUGGAAAGGUCACCCACUAUAUGAUGCUACUUGGAAACCCUUGACUAAUCUUGAAAAUUACAAAAACUUGGUAAAAGAGUUCGAAAAAACUGGUGAAACUGUUUUAAAUAGGGAAGAGUAUAAGGAAAUCAUCGG